UUCUAGUGCUGGUGAACUUGAUGAUAUACCUUGGUUAAGUCAAGAUAAAAACAACUUUAUAAAAGUCUCGAAUAUACUCAAAUGCACCAUGUCUACUGUUGCGACAGUUGGGAGAAUUUUCACACGUUUGAUGCCAUCUAUAUCUCAUAUUUCAUCAUCACACACAGUGUGUCGAUGUCUGUCCCAAAAUGCUCAAACAAAGCCUUUGAACAAUGCUGACCUCAUUCUGACAGAAUCUUGUGUUGAACACCUAAAGAAAUUUUCUAAACAAGGAGAGUUUCUCAGAGUAUCAGUGGAAGGUGGUGGGUGCUCAGGAUUCUCAUAUAAAUUUGAUCUCGAUACAACGAAAGAAGCAGAUGACAGAACGUUCACAAGAGAUGGAGUUGAAGUUGUAACAGACUCUGAUUCUCUUGAUCUUAUUAAGGGAUCUAAAAUUGACUACCAAACUGAAAUUAUAAAAUCUGCAUUCAGAGUUAUUGAUAACCCACAGUCGGGUACUAGCUGCUCCUGUGGAGUUUCAUUUUCAGUUGAUUUAUAGUAUUUUAUAUUGUUCAAUGCUUCAUACAACUAUUGAAUGUAUUCAUGUUAUAAUUUUUUUUAAAUCAUAUUUACUGUGACUUCCCUAUUAUGAGUAGAAUUGCGUUUUAUAUAGGCUCAAAGUUUGAGUCUUACGGUUACAUAGUGAUAAGACCAAUAAAAGCUUUCUACCCAGUUCGUUCAGUUCAAAUGGUCUUAAGUGCCAAAUCUCAACCUGCCUUUGUUGGGUUUCUUGAAUAACUGCUUUGCUAUGCCAACCAUUAUCUGACAACACACAAAAAUGUGUCAUAGCUGUAUUAUUUAUUUUUUGUUCACUGAAGGUAAUACACAGAAAUCAAAGUAUUCACACGAAACAAGGAAAUGACUUGUUAGUAUCUGCAUGAUUCGGUUAGUUACGAUUUCACUUAUUCUCACAAUUUUGUAAAUCAGUUCCAUUGUACUUCUUAAAUAAAGACGUUCUUCUCUUAAGCAAUUACUGGUGUAAAUUCAGAACUUGCAUAUAUAUUAUUAUACCAUACCAUAAAUGUUUGUUAAUAGUCUGCAUUUUUGUUUUUACAAGAUUUACAGAAAUACAUUAUAAAGAGUUUCGAAAUCAAUUUCAUUUGGCAGGUUUGAAAAUAUACACCUUUAUUUAUAAUAUUGUUGAGAAAAGAAUAUCAGACACAGCAUGCAUAAACCAAUGUCCUCUAGGUGUAUCAGUUUAAAUUUGUCUUUUAAAUGUGUAACUUUUGAAUGGAAGUCUCAAAUAUUACAAUUUUUUUAAUU